AUGAUUAGAAAUCAAAUGUGUCGCUCUGUACUAUUAAUUACAGGAUGUAGAUGUUCACCAUUGAGUUAUACAAAUUAUCGUUUGUUCAGCAGCAUUUCUACACUUAAUGCAACGGCAACGUCAGCUCCCGAAGCAGAGAUAAUUUUGAAGAAUAAGGAUAAACCUUUGAGAAUUGAAAGAGAAUUACCUGAUCCAAGAGAAGACAGAAGAAAACAAAUUUUUGGUUUUAUUGGAUUUUCAGUUGCUAUAACAGCUUCUUUGGCUUUGCUGUUCAAUUACGAGAAGACUGAAUCGCCUAUUAUCUCGACAAGUUUAUAUCAAUUGAGAAGAUCACCCAUUACCACUGAACUUUUGGGUGAAAAUAUUGAGUUUGCUGGUCUUACCCCAUGGGUUUUUGGUCAAUUGAAUCCAGUCAAGGGUAAAAUUGACAUCAAGUUUUAUAUAAAAGGCGAUAAAGGAAAAACUGGUGUUGUAAAAUUGGUGGCAGAUAGAGCAAAUAGAUCAGAGGAGUUCUUAAUUCAUGAAUGGAGUGUGACUGUCGAUGAUAAACAUAUAGAUCUUCUAGAAGAAACACCAUUCAAGGUUGACUGA